AUGGAGGAAAGUGAACUGCGCCAGAAGCGAACCUUAGCCAGAGUGGAAAAGUUUGUACACUUGAAAUUGUACCUGACUGGGAGGGCGCAUGCAGCUAUCCAGGGACUGCCGUUGACUGAUGCUGGAUAUGUCAAGGCCAUUGAAACCUUACAGGAGAGGUUUGACCGUCCGGACCUGCUGAGGGAGUCACUGAUGCAGAGACUGUUGAACACUCGCUGUGUCCCUGAUGACCAUGACCUUCUGCAGCUGCGUCAGAUGGUGGAUGGUUUGGUGUCUGAUGUUCGUGCACUGGAGACGAUGGGUGUGACUGCUGAGUCGUUUUCUGUGCUUCUCAUGCCUGUGCUGAAGUCCUGUGUCCCAGAGACGUGGAAGCUGCAGUGGAUGAGAGCGCAGAGUGGUGUCUCCGAGAACCUCCCAGACUUCCUGCAGUUUCUGCAGAAGGAGGUGCAGAUGAGAGAGGAUGCAGCUGCACAAGGGACACCAGCCGCCAGCCCAGCUGUUCACCAGAGUGUGGUGAGGCUCACCACUCAUCUCUGCAUGAUGCGGGAGGGUCUGCUGCCCCUGUGCGCCCACCUGCUGCCCCUGUGCGCCCGCCUGCUGCCCCUGUGCGCCCGCCUGCUGCACCGGCUCGCCAGGGCUUUGCUCUCGCCCAGCGCAGCUGCCGUCCAGCCGCCCUGCCAAGCCACCAGCCCUGGUCAGGGUAAGCGCCUUUACAAUGUGAACGCUCAGAACAGCUGUUUUGUUCAGACCGUGUUGGUAGAGGUCAGUGGACCGGGAGGUGUGUGCCAGGUGCGCGCACUCAUCGAUGGAGGCUCUGACUCUUCGUUUAUCAGGUCGUCUCUAGCAGAGAAGUUGGGCCUGGAGACUGAGGAGCAGGGAGUCUUCGCCUGCGUCGGGUUCAUGGAGAGGACUGAGGAGGCCAGAGUGUACGACCGAGUGUCAGCUAAGUUAACUGGCAGACAAGGAGGUGAGGCCACACUGUCUUUUUGGAAAACUGAUCGCCUGUGUGUACCUGUUGGGACGUACAGCCUGCCUGAGAACCUGUCGCUGCCCCCAAGUGUCGUGCUCGCUGACGACUACCGUGAGGGGCCUGUGGAUCUGUUGAUCGGGUGUGAUCAGAUCUACCAGGUUGUGAUGUGGGACCAAGUGGAGGUUGGGCCCGGACUGCGCCUGAUUGAGACUGUGUUUGGUCAUGUUCUCCAUGGGCAGGCACAGAACCAGCAGACUGAACAGAGGCGCGUCUACCGCUGUCAGCUGGCCGACGUGGAGAGGAUGUGGAGCCUGGACGCCGUGGGAAUCUCGGCGAAGGAGACUGCAGACGAGGCGCCACCUGAGCCGACCUGGAACCCAGAGGAGCAGCGUUACGAGAUGGGUCUGCUCUGGAAGUCGGACAGCAGGCCGGCCUCCAACCUGACGUCUACGGAGCUACGCACCCGACGUCUGGUCUCCAAGAUGAGUACCGACGAGCUCGACAGGUAUGAUCGUCAUAUCUUUGAGUUGAUUGUGAACGGUGUGGUUGAGCAUGCUCCUCUCACAGAUGACCCUGAUGACGCCUUCUUCCUGCCGCACCGGGGUGUUGUCCGUGGUGAUAAACUGAGAGUGGUCUUCGACGGGUCCGCUCCUGAUGCCACCGGGAGGAGCCUGAACGAGUACCUGAGCCCGGGGGAGAACCUGUUGAGCCGUCUUCCCUCUGUCUUGCUGAACUUCCGCACCAAUGCUGUUGGUUGCCAGGCAGACAUUCGAGCCGCCUUCCACCAGAUCGUCCUGAAGGAGGAGGACAGGCGCUACGUGCAGUUCCUGUGGGGAGACCGCCACCUGCGCUUUCAGAGGGUCCCGUUCGGCGUAUCCUGUUCGCCGUACAUGCUGUUGCGCACUGUGUGCUGCCAUGUCCGCCAGUGCCUUGUCUCCCAGCCGGAGCUGAUGCAGAAGGUGCAGGGAGCGCUCUACAUGGACGACCUGUGCCCGACGUUCGGCACCAGAGAAGAGGCGGCUGCUGGGAUGAAGGAAGUCAGCAGCGUCUUCAGCAAGGCCAGGAUGGAGCUGCACAAGACCCGCACCACAGGUGAUGUGUCCUCCGAGGACUCAAAAGUGUUGGGUCUGGCGUGGAACACCGAGACUGACCGACUCGCUGUGACCGUGCCUGAGAUGUUGUGUCCUCGCACCAGGAGUGAGCUUCUCUCUGCAGUGGCAAAGCCGUUUGACCCGUUGGGCCUGCUCACCCCGUGGCUGGUCAGAGGGAAGGCUCUGUUCCAGCGGACCUGGUCGGUGGAGCUGACGUGGGACGAGCCGCUGCCCGACGCGCUGCAAGCUGAGGUCGCCGCCUGGUGGCAAGAUUCUGCCGGCAGCACAGUCUCCUUCCCGCGUGCUGCGAUGAUCGGUGAGACCAGUCUGGGCACGCAGUAUCAUGUCUUCUGUGAUGCCUCCAAGACCGCCUACUGUGCCACUGUGUAUGUCUCUCAGGGUGGGGAGUCACAGUUGUUGAUCUGCAAGGGACGACUGGCGCCGAUCAACCCGAGCCUGACUGUCCCCCGGCUCGAGCUGAUGGCGGCGCUGACCGGGGCCCGACUUAUGGCCUUCGUGACUGAGUCACUGUGUCUGUCAGCACCCAGUGUGACGUACUGGACUGAUUCGACAGAUGUCUUGUGUUGGAUCAAGAGUGACAAACUGUUCCGCGUGUUUGUUCAGAACCGUGUGACUGCCAUCAGAGAGCUGACCGAUCCUGACCGCUGGCGGUUUGUCCGAGGGCUUGAGAACCCAGCCGACCUGGGUACGAGGGGCAUCACCCUGUCUCAGCUCGCAGAGUCUGCGAAGUGGUGGAACGGCCCGCCGUUCCUCGUGACCUCUGACCUGCCUCCUCAGCCAGACCCGGUGGAGACGGUGAGCCCUGAGGCCGACGUGGAGGAGAGGAGGGUGGCUCCUGUGACUCGUAGCCAUCCUGUGAUGCAGAACGUGCCGUCGGUAGAGACUGCUGAUGACGCGUUCCAGGCCACCGAUUUCUCAGAUCUUGGAUCCGCCGUGAACAGGAUCGCGUGGCUGAAGAGGUUCGUCCACAACGCCCGGAGUCCUGAGACUGAGCGUCAGUCCGGACCGCUGUCGCCAGAGGAGAGAAGAGAGGCGCUCGUGUACUGGAUCCGGGAGGCCCAGCGGCGCGCCUUCCCGGAGGAGCUGCGUGCGGGAACGAGAGUGACGCUCGCGCUCCUGUCGGGCGAGUACUUCAUCCGCAGGAGGACGGUGCGCCGAGUGCUGGGGACCUGCUUCAGGUGCCGGCGGUACAGAGGACUGCCCUACCGAGCUGCGGACGGCCGUCUGCCUGCAUUCAGGUCAGAAGUCUCGCGCCCAUUCUCCAAGGACCUGGCGUAACCGGCGCCGUGUGAGUGACCGUCUCGUCCGUCGGUGGACGACCGAGUACCUCGAGACGCUGAGAGGCUGGGCCGCGUCACCGCGCGGCCGCCCCACUCGCCUGCCCGCGGUCGGCGAGGUCGUCCUGCUUCAGGGCGAAGGACGCCGGGGCACGUGGCCCCUCGCCCGGGUUGUCUCGCUCAUCCCGGGACCGGACGGCCGCUGCCGAGCGGCUUUUCUCCGUGUGCGCGGCAAACUAACGCGGCGACCAAUCUCCCGACUCUUCAG